ACCUCGGAGCUUGCCGUCGAUGCCCAAUGACGUCACGUUGUAUUCCUCAUUUCCAGUAAUGCUGCUAAGAGAUUGUCCGUUUCACACAUUUAUCGUAUUUGAAUAAUUUGUGUUCCGUGCAGAAUUGAAGGAACAACAAUUUAACUGUAUUUUUGCGGUGGAACUUAAAGCCGGUCAGGUUACGCGGGAAAUAAGCGAAGGGAAACGCAGUGGCACCUUGUAACCCAAGCCAGCGUUUUACUCAUUGUCCUGCUUGUUCCCCUUUCAAAAUGAAUAACUACUCUGACUAUGACUCUGAUGGAUAUUCGUCUAAUGAAGAUGCGGACUACGUCCCGUCAGAUGAAAACCUCAGCGAGGACGACAUGAACGAGUGUGAGCGGGAGGAGCCUCCGGACGGGGUCAGCACCAAGAAGAGGACGAAAGGGGAGGUCGGUGUGAGGAAGAGGAAGAAAGGAGUACUGAAGGUGGACGAGGAAGAGAGGGACGCAGAGGAGUCGCGGCCGCCGCAGGAAGAGGAGGGAGCGGUCCCCGCGGCCCGGGAGGAAGACGACGCCAAACAGAAGAAAAAGUCUGACGACCUCUGGGCCAGUUUCCUGUCCGACGUCGGAACCAGACCCAAAGAGCCUCCCCCCGCCUCGCGGCCCAGUACCGCGCACAGGAAGGAUUCCUCGCUAUUGACGGUUUCUGCGUUGAGCGCAGAAACAAAAGCAUCAGAACCUGCUCAGGUCACCAUCACAAAAGUGUUUGACUUCGCUGGAGAAGAAGUGAGGGUGAACAAAGUGGUAUCAGCGGACUCCAAGGAAGCUCAGAGUUAUCUCAAGAGCCAGAACACCAAACCGGAGGAGAGUGGAGACGAGGACGAGGCCCCAUCACCAGGACAACCAGCUCUCCCUGGCACCAGUGCCAAGCGGCCGGCAGGCAUGUCCAGCAUCCUGGGCCGCAUGGGCUCAAAGAAACUAAAGAUGAGCACGCUGGAAAAGUCUAAGAUGGACUGGGACGCUUUCAAGUCGGAGGAAGGCAUCACCGAGGACCUGGCCAUCCACAACCGGGGCAGAGAGGGGUACGUGGAGCGGAAGAACUUCUUGGAGCGCGUCGACCACCGCCAGUUUGAGAUCGAAAAGGCUGUGCGAAAGAGCAACACAAAACAAUGACACGAAAGGCUGACAACACACACACACACACACACACACACUGACUCAAUGACAGCGCUUCUACCCCCCCGGUAAACUUGGCUCAAAGCGGUGCUGGGGCUGGGUGGGGGUGGGUGGGGUAACUGGCUGAGUUAGUGGCUGAAUAUCUCCUCUGCUUCCAACACUAAAGGAACCUCUUUGGGGAAGUGAGGUCACUCUUCCGGUUGUUCUUCCUAACGGGGCUGAUUUAGGAGUCACAUUCAGGGUUAAAGAAUGAAUUUGGUUUGUUUUUUCAUUUUUGUAGUUUCUCAUUUCAUUUGCAUAUAACAUUGUCCUCACUCUGUCUGGUUAUUAACUACUUCUAAAAUAAAACCCAGGAUGAAGUAAA